GAAGAAGAAGAGGAAGAAGAAGAAGGCGUUUUCGUGCGUAGGGCAACAGCAAUCGACGCCGAUUCAAGGAAGACAUGCAUGCUAUAAAUGCACUCAUCGGCUCAGUCCGUCUGGUUUCUUCGUCCAUGCUUGUGCAAGUCAGAGGUCGCGGACUCUCGCUCAGCUUGGCUUUCAUGCUGAGCGCAGUAGCGUCGCUAUGCCUGUUCGACCCCACCGAGGCGAAUGCGCACCCGAGAACACUCCUUCGGAAGAACGUUCCCUCUGAACCAGAAGGAAGCAAAUGGCCUAUUGAAGUAUAUGAUGUGAAUUGCGUGUACUUCAAGGCAUGGCCUGCGGCCACCUACUGCCACAUAGGGACAGGGACUCCUGCCGUCACGUAUGAGCUGGCCGAAUUCGAGUGCUUGGGUUGGACGCGUAUGUCCGUUUUGAGUAUUACCACCACGCCGAUGUACCGCCUGUGUCACCUGAUGAAGCUCUUUCAUAUCGAGGAUCGCGCAUUGUUGGUCCAGGACACAUUGCUACAGAUGGACACACUGACGUGGAAUGAUUGCUACUUUGAUGUGCGGAAUGAAACGAAAACACCUGAAAAUUGUGCCGCUUGCGAAAUCGCCGUGGUUUGUGCCAAUCAAGUAGAGUACUCGAAUGGACCAGAAUGUGUCACGAAAGCAGAAGGCAACAUCGAUGUCGAGUAUUGCUUCGGAAGAGAUAAAGUCAACGCUACGGAGGCCAGCAAGCGGUGCGCAGAGAAGUCCUCGGCGCUGGUGGAGACAGAGGAACUGCCCAGAAUACUACACGACACGCUCUCGAAUAGCCCUUUGCUCACGUGGGAGUUCUGGGUAGACCUGAGAAAGGAAGACGUGAGAAAGGUCGCCGGCGUGGUUGCAUUCGACGUGGAUGAUAUUGACUGGAAUAUGCCUUGUGUGACGGUGUCGUUCGGAGUCUUUGUACCGUGGUUUUACAAGCGCAACUGUAGCCAGUUAUAUCCAGUGAUGUGCAGCUCAUAUGAUGGGAGAGGACCACGCGACCACUCUAUUAACGUUCGAGUUUACUGUGAUUAUCUCACCUCGCGGAGUACUUACUGCCUAUCGGAGCGCGGCACGAUGAACAAAAAAGCUGCAUCAGAAUUCUGCGCAAAUCUCCGCUGGUUAUUGCUGAAUGCAAAGACAUUUUAUGCAAUAUCAGACUUCUACUUUGUUUUCAAAGCACUCCCCGAUCCGUUGGCCUAUCCGCGCUUCGAGUAUUGGGACGCACGCAGCACGAGCAGCCGGCAAGAUAGCAUCGACGAGUGCCUCGCAGUCGAAUUAUCUGAGUUUCUUUGGUACGAACAUUACUUUCCACAGUACAAUAGGAUUCCACGUAACUGCUCUGAAGAACUCGGCUACAUAUGCAGGAAAAGCCAUCCACCAAAGACUCAUGGUUUUACCUGCGAAAAUACGAGCUUGCCUAAUAUGGGCCGUCACCCAGCUUGCAGAACGAACCUAGAAAAACCCUACCCUGAAGCCGCCACGGUAUGCGACGCACUUGGCAUGGACCUUCUGCCGGGUACUGUAGAGAAUAAAUUUAUAACGAACAUUAUUAAGCACUACGAAGACUACACGCACCGAGGAAGAGAUAGACAUUACUGGCUCGACGUUCCUAAACCAAGUGUCAACAGCUCCUUGUGCACUGCAGCCCUUUACGGCGACGACGGCGUCGCAGCUGCGCUGUCUGAAGUGGACUGCAACACGUCUCUGCAUUCGCUAUGCGUUUUCACCAACAUUGAAAGACAUUCUGCAGUGGCGCCUAGCACCAGCGAAACUACGAUGGAUAUUGCCAGUGACAAUACUGAUAUUGGCAACGGUACUGUCAGUGAUGUUGCCAGCUAAAUCACUGAUCUUACCAGUACUGGUGGCAGUUACACAAAUGCGAGCGACAGAAAUGCCAGUGUCGCAAAUAAAUUCUUGUAACAUAUGGGAGCCGAA